AUGACUGUCCAGGCCGCCUCUUCUGCCAACUCCACCUCCGACCUCAAGAACAACAGCACCCGUGCAAGCACCAGCUACCUGAACCGCAAGGUCAGCGCACCCCUCCCUAGCAACAUGGACCUCUCCUUCCUCGACGCCUCGAUUCCCGAGCUUGUCAAGCAGCUCACCAUCGACGAGAAGGUCAGCCUGCUGGCUGGCAAGAACUGGUGGGAGACUGUCGAGAUCCCCCGCCUCAACAUCCCGAGCCUCAAGGUCACCGACGGCCCCAAUGGUGCUCGUGGUGGCAGCUUCUACAAGAUGAUCGCCGCGUCGGCCCUUCCCAACGCGACCUGCGUGGGUGCCGCCUUCGAUGCCGAUCUCACCGCCGAGGCCGGCCGCCUCCUUGCCGCCGAGGCCAAGGCCCGCGGCGCCUCCUGCCUGCUCGCUCCCACUGUCAACAUCCAGCGCUCGCCUCUCGGUGGCCGUGCCUUUGAGAGCUUCAGCGAGGACCCCACUCUCUCUGGUCUCACCGCUGCUGCGUACAUCAACGGUCUGCAGGAGAACGGCGUGUCGGCCACUAUCAAGCACUUUGUUGCCAACGACCAGGAGCACGAGCGUAACGGCUCCGACUCGAUUGUCGCUCCCCGCCCCCUCCGUGAGGUCUACCUCCGUCCCUUCCAGAUCGCCCAGCGCCUCGCCAAGCCCGGUGCCUACAUGACUAGCUACAACAAGCUCAACGGAACCCACUGCUCUGAGAACAAGUGGCUGCUCGGCGACCUCCUCCGCAAGGAGUGGGCCUUUGACGGCCUUGUCAUGUCCGACUGGUACGGUACUUACAGCACCGACUUGGGCAUCAACGCUGGCCUCGACCUUGAGAUGCCCGGUGGUGCGGACACCUGGCGCAACCAGCGCUACGUCAGCCGCCUCAUCUCCGCCCACAAGAUUGACCCUCGCACCAUCGACGAGCGUGCCACCAAGGUUCUGACCUGGGUUCAGAAGUGGGCGCGCCUGAGCCCCGAGGAGGUCUAUGGCGACCACUCGGAGCGCACCCGUACCGAGGACCGCGACAACGACGCUGCUCUCCUUCGCCGCCUUGCCAGCGAGGGUAUUGUUCUCCUCAAGAACGACAACGAGGUCCUUCCCGUCAAGCAGGGCAAGGUCUGCGUUAUUGGACCCAACGCCAAGGCCAGGGUCAUCACCGGUGGUGGCAGUGCCGAGCUCCGCGCUGCUUGGUCGGUUAACCCAUGGGAGGGUCUUGUCAACAACGCCCCCGAGGGUGUCGAGCUCAGCUACAAGCUCGGCUGUGAGACCGCCAAGUUCCUCCCCGUCCUUGACGAGCACUUUACCACUCUCGACGGCAAGGCCGGUUACGACAUCAACUUCUACGCGGUUGACGCUGAGACUGGCAAGGUCGCCGAGGCCCCCACCGUUAAGGACUGGGGAGACCGCUCGCAGAUCUUCCUCGCCGACUUCCACCACCCCGACCUCGGCGGCGACUAUGUUACCGAGCUGCUUGCCACCUUCACCGCGCCCAUCAACGGCGGUUACGAGUUUGGCAUCACCGGCACUGGCCAGAGCUGGCUCUACAUCGACAACGAGGUUGUUAUCGACAACUCGAAGAACCAGACCAUGGGCACCCAGUUCUUCGGAAACGGCACCGUCGAGGUCAAGAAGGUCGUCCAGGUUAAGAAGGGCAACACUUACGCCAUUCGUGUCGUCCACGACACCCGUCGUCCCUCGGACCGCACCACCCAGGCUGGUCCUUUCACCAUCACGGGUAUCCGCAUCGGUGCCGCUGAGGCAUACGACGAGGACCAGGCUAUUCUUGACGCCGUUGCCGCCGCCAAGUCGGCCGACCGUGUCGUUCUCGUAGCCGGUCUCAACCCCGACUGGGAGACUGAGGGCUACGACCGCUCCACCUUGUCACUCCCCCUCCGCUGCGAUGACCUCAUCACCGCCGUCGCCGAGGCCAACCCCAACACUGUUGUUGUCCUCCAGUGCGGCUCUGCCGUCUCGAUGCCCUGGGUCAACAAGGUCGCCGGUAUCGUGCAGGCCUGGUACGGCGGUAACGAGGCCGGUAACGCCAUCGCCGACGUCAUCUACGGCCGCCAGGUUCCCGCCGGUCGUCUCCCCGUCUCCUUCCCCAAGAGCGAGCGUGACAUUGCCGCGUCGCAGAACUUCAAGUCGGCCCGCACUCGUGUCCACUACGAGGAGGGCAUUUGGGUCGGCUACAAGCACCACAACGCUCGCGGCAUCGAGCCUCUCUUCCCCUUCGGCCACGGUCUCUCGUACACGAGCUUCAAGUACGACGACCUCAAGGUCGAGGCCCCCCAGGGCUCCACCGCCGCCGACUGGAGCCUCAAGGCUUCGAUCAACGUCACCAACACUGGCAGCGUCACCGCCGACCACAGUGUCCACUUCUACACUGCUCCCCCUCCCGAGACCGCCACGGGCCUCAAGCACCCCGAGGUCGCCCUCCAGGCGUUCAAGAAGGUCUACAACCUCCAGCCUGGCCAGACCCAGCGUGUCGAGGUCGACCUUGACAAGUACGCCAUCUCCCACUGGGACGAGGGCUACGACACCUGGACCACCGAGAUUGGUACUUGGGCCGUCAAGGUCGGUGUCGACGCGCAGACCAUGGUCGCCAGCGGCGACUUCGAGGUCAAGGAGAACAUGGAGUGGCGCGGUCUCUAA